UCUCCUCCGUGCCGGGGGAGGGACGGAGGGGCAGGGCGGGAGAGAAAGAAAACCCGACUGACCGGCUGGCCAAGAGCUGCAUGCAACCGGUGGGAGGCCGGGCCGGCUGGGGCUGGGGCUUGGGCUCGGGCCGUUUCUCGGCGGGUCCCUGGCGGCGAGCGCGGACGGCCCGGAGGCGGCGGCUCUGAGCUGGCAGGCGGAGGGUUGUCUCCCGCGCCCGCCUGCCGGGUUCGGUCCGAGGAUGCGGGGGGGCGAUGCCCGGGGCCAGGGACGCGCUCUGUCACCAGGCGCUGCAGCUGCUGGCCGAGCUCUGUGCCCGCGGGGCCCUGGAGCACGACAGCUGCCAGGAUUUCAUCUACCACCUGCGGGACCGCGCCAGACCCCGGCUCCGCGACCCAGAUAUCUCAGUGAGCCUGCUGACCCUUGUGGUCACUGCCUGUGGCCUCGCCCUCUUUGGCGUGUCUCUCUUCGUGUCUUGGAAACUCUGCUGGGUUCCGUGGCGAGAACGAGGCCUGUUCUCUGGUAGCAAAGACAACAAUCAGGAGCCUCUUAACUACAUGGACACAGAGACCAACGAGCAGGAGAACAGUGAGGGCUUCCUAGACCCUCCCACCCCUUGUCCAGACUCCUCCAUGAAGAUCAGCCACACCUCCCCUGACAUUCCCCUCUCGACCCAGACAGGGGACCAGGAGAACUGUGCCCAUGGCGUCCGUGUGCAGCGCCAAGUCACAGAGCCAACCUCAUCAGCUCGGCAUAAUUCAAUCCGAAGACAACUCAACCUGUCAAACCCAGACUUCAAUAUCCAACAGCUUCAAAAACAGGAACAGUUGACUGGAAUUGGUCGAAUUAAACCGGAGUUAUAUAAGCAGAGGUCAUUGGAUAAUGAGGAUGGGAAAAGGAGUAACAGCAAAGCCUGUGGGAAGCUGAACUUCAUUUUAAAAUAUGACUGUGACUUAGAGCAACUCAUAGUGAAGAUUCACAAAGCUGUCAAUUUGCCCGCCAAGGACUUUUCUGGGACUUCAGAUCCUUAUGUCAAGAUCUAUUUGCUUCCCGAUCGGAAAACGAAACACCAGACUAAAGUUCACAGGAAGACCCUGAACCCUGUGUUUGAUGAAGUGUUUUUGUUUCCGGUUCCCUACAAUGACCUUGUAGCCCGGAAGCUUCACUUCUCUGUCUAUGACUUUGACAGGUUCUCUCGCCAUGACUUAAUCGGCCAAGUGGUGGUGGAUCACUUCUUAGACUUGGCUGAUUUCCCCAGGGAGUGCAUCCUUUGGAAGGAUAUCGAAUAUGUCACCAAUGACAACGUGGAUCUUGGAGAGCUGAUGUUUUCCCUCUGCUAUCUUCCCACGGCUGGCAGGCUGACCAUUACCAUUAUAAAAGCAAGGAAUUUAAAGGCAAUGGACAUAACAGGAGCAUCAGAUCCCUACGUGAAAGUCUCAUUGAUGUGUGAUGGCAGACGAUUGAAGAAGAGGAAAACGUCCACCAAGAGGAACACUCUGAAUCCUGUUUACAACGAAGCCAUAGUCUUUGACGUCCCUCCCGAGAAUAUUGACCAAAUCUACUUGUCCGUAGCGGUCAUGGAUUAUGACCGUGUAGGUCACAAUGAGAUCAUCGGCGUGUGUCAAGUAGGCAAUGAAGCUGAGAGGCUGGGCAGAGACCACUGGAGUGAAAUGUUGUCAUAUCCGCGCAAGCCCAUUGCACACUGGCAUUCCCUGGUGGAGAAACGAUGACUGUGGGUAAGAGGACCACUUAUGCCAAGAACACAGUAGGACAACCAUCUUACAAAGAUCUUCAGUAACUUCUCCCAUCCAACAACAUCCAGACGACGCCAGUGACCAAAUAUUCAGCUGUAACCACAGCAAUAACUGGCCCUCUUUCCAGAUUGGGUUUGCUGAACGUGAACAGUCCAGCCAUCUUCAGGUGGCCUAAGGUGGUAUGCUGUAGGGGAAGCACAUCUCUUCUGGCCAAGAAUUGAGAUUGGACUAUGGAAGAAACCACCUGAUACAGUGAGAGUACUCAGAGUACCUAAAGGACUCUUAAUGAUUAACAUAAGGCCCUUGGUGAUGGGGUCGUAGCAGCUGCCCUGGCAAUGUCACUCUGACAUGAUGUUAUUUGCUUGAAGGCCCUGGAAGGACAGAAUAUUUUAAAAUCUAUCCAGGUGCUAAAUAGGCAGCAGAUCUAAUUCACACUGGACUACCACUGAGCUAAUAGUUGUCUCCAGAAAAUAAUUUCACCCAAGAAGUACUCCAGCUUUGCAAGGAAUAGCCCCAGGAGACUAAUAGGAUAAGCAGGCUGUUACCCCGGAGAAAAUCGAGUACAAAGAGGUCUAGUUCACAUCAAAUUCACUGCCUACUCCCAUGUACAUGGCAGUGAGUACCAGUUGAUCAUGGCCCUCUCUUCUGCUAAACCCAGAUGUGAGGAGUCAGAAUCUCCAACACUGUUUUCAAGAUAGCCAGUAGCCACUUCCUUUCAACUGGUGUUGGCAAUGAGAAUGAAAGUUCAUUGUCAUCCCUGUUAGAGAGGCAUACAUCUCAAUGGCAUAGGCAUUCUGGAAUACCCUUUCCCAGGUACAUUUGUCCACUGAGGGAACAGCCUCAGAAACAGAAGUACCAUGGAGUGAGCUGAGUUCUUGGAGAGAUGAUACGGCUGGCCCCUGAUUGAAGGCACAACUUUUGGGCCUUCUUGGCCUGAGUGCCUUCUGGGGUAUUUCCAUAUGCAACAGCCCAGAGGCAUAGCCUUGGGCAGCCACCGACAGGUUUCCUUUCACUUCCGGACACAUGCAUCACUUUCACAGCACUUGGGGAAUGGAAAUACCUGCAGGAGUGAAGGUCAAGGGCUCUCCCCGGGUAUCACAUUCAUUACUCAGCUUCCUUUGUGACCACAUCAGCCAACCCCCUGCCAACUGUGUUCUUCAUCCUCAUUGCUUCUGCCUCCAUACAAAUGAAACUAAAGGCCUCAGCAUGCCCUGGGGGUGGUGUUGUUACCUAAUGGCCCUCUCUCUCCCAUUAUAGGUGUAAGUUGUCCCAUCCAUACAUUUGCACCAUUUCUCCAAGACAGCAUUUCCCUUUCAUACAGUCUCUUUGCAGCAGAAUCCAGAGUUGGACUGUAGUUUACCUUCCUGGGAAGCUCAUUUAUCUUCUUUUGAAUUAACACUUCCAUGUGGGACUAACUGGGUGGAAGCACAAUCAUUGCAGGUCUUCAGAAAGUUCUUAUUGCCACAGCUACCCAGUACAAGAAACUACCCUAAUGUCAGAUCUUAAAAGGAUGGAGACCUUUGGUUGUAUGAGGCAGUGUUACAAUAUUCCAGCUUCAUGUGUUCCCCAGCCUGCCUAAUCCAUGUCCAUGUCUGAUUGGCUUUCAACCUCCAGGAUCCAAAGGGAACCCAAGGUUCUGCCUAUGUCUGUUGACAUGAGAAGAAUUCAACUUUCUUUGCCCAAGGGUCCCUCUGCCUAUUCCUCUGCAUUCAGACAUCUUCCAUCAUACCAGUGUUUAGAACCAAAGCAUGAAGGACUAGUGCCAGCAGGAUAGUCAGCAGAAAUAUUAUAUCUAGAUGCAGGCAGAUGAGCCCAGAGGAUGGUCCCAGAGAAAUCAGACUGGCCCCAAUAGAUAUCCGGCAGCCAUCCCAAUAAACUUUGACUUGUCCUUGGCACUGGGAGCCUGGGUAGGAGAUCCUGGGGCAGCUGUGCCUAUUGUUCCCCAGGCUAAGAUCUUCCUGCCUAAAGAACUAGCAGCCCUGGGGUACUUAUGAGUAUGCUACUGGCUUGUUGGUAUGAAACAGAAGGUGGCUUUGUAGGGGCCAGCAGGCAAAGAGGCAGGCAGGUGGCUUGUGCUGGAAAGCUUUGCCUAACAGUCCAGCCGUGGCCAGAGGCUGGUUAUAAAUUUGAACUCCCUGAGCCCAUCUGUAACUCUGCCUCUGUUCUCUUGCCUUCUGUUUGGUUUCCCUUUAGU